AUGGCGAACGGAGCCUCGGCCCGCAGCCGGAUGGCGUCGCCGCAUGCUCUCAAGCAGAAGAGGCCAUGCAGCGUUGCGUUCGCCGACACCGACGAUGACGGAAACGACUACACUGACAACAUUCCUGUCAAGAAGCAGAAGCUCGUCAGCUCCAAGCUGAGGCUUACUUACCCCUUGGAUGAGAUCAAGCAAGCCAUGCGCGGAGAGCUUCUGUCCACCCCGGCUCUCAAGUAUGUCUUGGACGAGAUGGUCGAGGACAUGGCCGACUGCAAGCAAGACGAGAGGCGCUCGCUGGGCUCCAACAAGUUCUUCGGGCCCACCAAGGCCGCCCUGAAGAAUGGUCAGCAGUCUCUCGUUGGCAUCAAGCGCUACCUUCUGGCCGAGGCAUUCAUCCGAAUCGACAAUUGGUCUCUGAUCAACAUCCGCGAGUGGUUCGACCUUGUGGCAGAGGCCGGUCUCGAGAAGGAUUUCCGCGACCUGUAUUGGGAGGACAAUCAGAAAAUCCACGCCAUCCAAAUCGCCAAGCUUGCCCGCCAUGUCACCAAGCCCCAGAGCUCCAGAGUUCGCGAGCUCUCCCUGGCGCAAGCUGCCCAAUUCGCCCAGGUUGGACAAGACAUGGUCGCCCGCUCCGUCUUCGUCUCUGGUCGCGGUCAUCCCAUCAUCCGCAGCGCUGCCGCCAUCAUGGUAUUGGCUGAGUUUUCUGAUGCAGAGCUCAGAGACAAGCGACAAGAGAACAACAUUAGAGUGACCCAGAUCUGGGCUGCCUGGUGCAUCUCGAAGCACCUGGAUGAGAAGGAAAUGCAGUUCCUUGCGGUCCUCAUUCUCGAUCGCAUCCACAAGAACGACAUUGUGAAGGCUUGCUUUAUCCACAUCCACGAGGAGUUGAGACGAUGCGCCCGGAAGGCAGACGAAGACGAGUACAAGAAGUGGCAAAGAAUGCACUGGAAGUGUCAUGUCAUCAACUCCUCGGAGAUCCUGAACAGACCCAAGGCACUCCAGACAUUCGACGAUUCGCGAGACACGCCCUCCCGUCAGAGCGACACAAGCAAGAUUAUCAAGACCAAGAACGCUGCUGGAACACCCAAGAAUACGUCAUCGUCUCGAAGACCCUCACCAACUGUUAAAGCAGGUGCUACAUCCGGCACUAAGACCAAGAGGACCACCGACAUGGCUGUCGAGACUACCGAAAGUACCAUUGUCGAGACUGAGCAGACCGCUACAAACCACACGCAUCCUGAUGAGUCCGCGCAACCUAAAUCUCAGACGACAACACUCAAGUCGACAAAGCUUGCGAAGGCGCCACAUAUUCAGCUAUCUGUUCAACUGCCUCAUCCUUCCGUUGCCUCUUCAACCCUGAGCUCGCCGUCUCCUCUGAUGACGCCUGCAUCCACCAUGUCACCUAAUCAAAGCAUGUACCCCUCUUCUUCCGAGGAUCCAAUGGCCGUUGUCGCCAGCUUGAUGCAGCAAUUUGCACACCUGAACCAGGGGAAGAAGUCAGGGAUCGACAACGAGCUGUACCAGGCAGCCAUGGCGAACAUGCGGGCUGAGGUGGCUGAGACAGCUGAGCCAAUGCGCGACAGAAUCAGUAAUCUUGAGGGUCUUUACAAAGACAUCGGCAACAACUGUCAGAAUUUCUUCGAUAGAUGUGAGGCCAUUGGGGGCCUAGAAGCUUUAGCGGAGAGACAAGGGUCCAUGGCCCACAAACUGGAGUCUUUGGGCGACAAGCAGACGAAUCUCGAUAGGAUCACGAUUCAAAAGCUGGCAACCGAGUCUAAGAAAAUUGGAGACCGAGACAAUGCCAUCCAGAGCCUUCAAAGCGAGGUCAGCUUCCUCAAGAAUCGACUUAAGCAGUUAUCCUCAGAAAUGCGCGCCCUCUCCAACAAUCGCCGCGGGGGGUCUAACUAUCCGCCCCAGGCACCGAUGGCCAUGAUGCAUUCGGGUCAGCAAGACAGAACACCAGACCGAUUCAAUCGACGGGGAAGGAACUAA